CAGCGCCCAGCCGGCUCCUCCGGCACUUCGCACCCGCGCAGCCCCCGCUGCAUCAAACUCCGGGGGCGCUGCCCCUCUUUCUCCCCCUCCUUUCCCCGGCCCGCAUCGCGUUCCCUCUGUUCUCCCCCCCCUCUCUCCCCCUUCCCCGUUCCCCUCCGGUUGGAGCCGCUGGGUAGGUCUGUGUGUCUGUCUGGCUGUGUGUCUGUCCGGCCGGCCGUCGGUCGGUGCUGGGCGCGUGGCUCCUUUGUGUACGGCAGCUGCUCCUGAAUGCGGAGGCAAAGCCUGUGGCUUGGCACCGGGCUCUUCCAAAGCAGCAGCCCUCCUCUCGGCCGCCCCGGCGGACGGGCACCCACCUGGGCUCCGCGCCCGCCACCCCUGCUCCCCGCUCCUCUCCUCGUCUUCCUCCUCCUUCUCCCCGUUUACCUGCACUUUGCCGCCGCCGCCGCCUCUCCCCUUCGCAGCCCCCUGCCGCCCCCCGUCCGUGCCCGCUGCCGGGGAAGGCACCUGAAGGUGGAUCUAUCAAAGCCCCCGGCGCUCUCUUCAAGUGCACUUCUGGGACCAAAGCACCAGCAUGGAUGUAAGAUUUUACCCGGCUGCUGCGGGCAGCUCGCUUCCCGGAGACCCCUCCAACCUGGACUUUGCCCAGUGCUUGGGUUACUACAGCUACAACAAGUUUGGAAACAAUAACAACUACAUGAACAUGACAGAGGCAAGUAAUGCAUUUCUUGCUGCAAAUGAGCAGACGUUCCACACACCGAGCCUUGGGGAUGAGGAGUUUGAAAUCCCACCCAUUACGCCCCCGCCAGAAUCGGACCCUGCACUGGGGAUGGCAGAUAUACUGCUGCCCUUUCAGGGCCUUGGUGACCAGCUGCCUGCACAAGGAAAUGAAUUUACGCCUCAGUUUCCCCCACAGAGCUUGGAUCUUCCCUCUAUUACGAUAUCCCGAAAUCUUGUGGAGCAAGACGGCGUCAUCCACAACAAUGGAUUGCAUAUGGAUCAGAGUCACACACAAGUUUCUCAGUACCGCCAAGACCAUUCUUUGAUUAUGAGAUCCAUUGUCCACAUGACUGAUGCUGCUCAUUCAGGAAUUAUGCCUCCCACUCAGCUCACCACCAUUAACCAGUCUCAGCUAAGCGCACAGCUGGGGCUAAAUUUAGGAGGCACUAACUUGCCACACACUUCUCCCUCCCCUCCUGCAAGUAAAUCAGCCACUCCUUCCCCAUCCAGCUCUAUAAACGAAGAAGAUGCAGAUGAAUCAAAUAGAGCUACUGGAGAAAAAAGAGCUGCCCCAGAUUCUGGCAAGAAGCCCAAGACUCCAAAGAAGAAGAAAAAGAAAGAUCCCAACGAGCCACAAAAGCCAGUGUCAGCAUAUGCCCUUUUCUUCAGAGAUACACAAGCUGCAAUUAAAGGGCAGAACCCGAAUGCUACAUUUGGAGAGGUUUCAAAAAUAGUGGCAUCAAUGUGGGACAGUUUAGGAGAAGAACAAAAACAGGUUUAUAAAAGAAAAACUGAAGCUGCCAAAAAAGAAUACCUAAAGGCACUUGCAGCCUAUAGAGCAAGCCUUGUUUCCAAGGCUGCUGCAGAGUCUGCUGAGGCCCAGACAAUUCGUUCUGUCCAGCAAACGUUGGCAUCCACAAAUUUGUCUUCCUCCCUUAUUCUGAAUACUUCCCUCUCUCAACACGCAACAGUAUCGGCAUCUCCUCAAAGUCUUCAACAGUCCCUUCCCAGAGCAAUUGCUCCAAAACCUCUGACCAUGAGACUGCCAAUGAAUCAGAUUGUAGCGUCUGUUACCAUUGCACCAAACAUGCCAACAAACAUUGCAGCUCCAUUGAUAAGCUCUAUGGGAACAAAUAUGGUGGCAACACCAUCUUCAUCUCAAGUAAGUCCCUCAAUGCAAAGCCAGCAGCACCAGCUACAGCAGCUCCAGCAGCAACAAAUGCAGCAGAUGCAGCAACAGCAGCUACAUCAGCAUCAAAUGCAUCAGCAAAUACAACAACAAAUGCAACAGCAGCAUUUCCAGCACCACAUGCAACAACAUUUGCAGCAGCAGCAGCAUCUUCAGCAGCAAAUUAAUCAACAGCAAAUGCAACAGCAGCUUCAGCACAUACAGCUUCAGCAAAUGCAGCAGCAGCAAAUGCAGCAUAUGCAACACCAGUCACAGCCUUCUCCUCAGCAGCACUCUCCAGUAGCCUCUCAGAUCACAUCUCCCAUCCCUGCCAUUGGGAGCCCUCAGUCAGCACCUCAGCAGCACCAGUCACAAAUACAAUCUCAGACACAGACUCAAGUAUUAUCACAGGUCAGUAUUUUCUGAAGAUAAAUGAUCUUGCAGCAUCGCUUUGUGUUGAUGGAGGGGGUAGGGGUAAACCAUAUUUGGCUGAAAACUGUAAAUUGUUGAUGGUAGUUAUGCAGGGAUGCAUAACAGAUCAAAUAAUUCUCUAAAGUGUCUAUUAGAUAGGCAAUAAAGAACUACAAUGUAGCUGUGUAUCAUCUUUUAGCUGACUAUAAAUCAUUUUGUUUAAAAAAAAAAAGCUGUGCUCUUUUUCAUGUGAUGCCUUUUUAAUUUAUUUACGCUUUACCUACAAUAUGUGAAUCAAAUGGCCUGAUAAAUACCUGGACCUUAUGACUGCAAAAUGGCCUUUCAGAGUUAUAUGAUACAACCCUUCUUUCUCUAAAAGUGAAUAAUGCACUUCAAGGCAGUAUGAACUCAUGAAGCCCUUAAAGCACAGUUGUAACUACCUGUAAAAUGAUGAUGAUUGGUUUUCAUACAAUCAUACUUGUAUGACAUGAGUUAGUUGAUGGCAUUUUUUGUCAUGAAAAGAAAUAGAGUAAAUCACAGAUUUUUUGCCAAAGCUAUUAAUUUUCUGUCCUAAAUAUCUUCAGAAAAACAAAUGCAAGUAACUGAACUUAAAUGUUUGAUCCAUCCUUUCACUACAUUUCUCCAAAUAAACAUACCAUAGUUUGUAACAAAAUAUAUAUUGACAGUUACCCUAUUACGUUAAUUCCAAUUACAGAACAAAUGUGAAUAUUAUAUUCUGUGUUGAAGUGAUGAGUUUCAGAUUUAAUACACUGUAUUUUUAAAAGGGAAAUGCACUUAAAUAAAACUGUUAUUACAAAAAGCUAAGAUGAAAAAUGCAAAAGUUUUUAAUAUGCUGUAAAACCGGUAGAAUAUUUAAAAGAAACUCCACAGCCGAAUAAUCAAUGUAAAUAUUUUCUUUAAAAGUUGUAAGUUUUCAUAUCAUGUGUUGUAAAGUUUUCAUAAAUGAGGCUUUAAUGUAAACACUGGUAACAUGAAUUAUUAAUUGCUACAUUGCUUAUUGUGUUUUUAUGCUGUUUUAUACUUUUUUAUGAGU